AUUGGAAGAAGUCGUUGCUGUCAUUUGGCUUUCUGGCUUUGACAUAAAGUGCUACCACCUUGAUGUUGAAAGGACCUCGGCAUUUAAUCCUAGAACCCGAUGCUUAGUCGGGACAGCAUACCUUAUGCCGCAGACAAUUAGAUAGAUGUCCCCUUGAGUUGCACAUUUGUCAAGGAACGCGAAUCACGAAAGUAAGCAAAGAUAUUUUACGUGACAACAUAAUUGAAGGACAGUCCAAGGACUAAACCAACUGGCGGCUGUGUGCCGGGUGCCGUGGGUUUUACUAUCAUAUCGAAUACGUUUUAGGAAGCAAAUCUCGAAAAGCCAUAGAUAGAAAGGCAAGCCAUGGAUAGCCCGUUCUCCCACGAGCUGCAAAUAGCGAUUCGCGCGGUGCAGUCAGCAGCCAAGAUCAGUCAAUGGGUUCUAUCGUCCGACGACAAAGGCACCGUCGAGAAAGAUGACCUGAGCCCCGUUACCAUUGCCGAUUUCGCCAUCCAGGCCCUCUUGACAAGCACCGUAUAUGCCAUUUUCCCGGAUGAUAAGUUCGUCGGGGAAGAGUCGGCCGCAGAGCUUCGGGACAACCCACUUCUUCUAAACCGUGUCUGGGAGCUUCUUCUCCGACUGCAGGAUGACGAAGCCAGGUCUUUGUGUAAACUGCCCCGGUCGCCUGAAGAAAUGUGCGAAAUGAUAGACAGGUGCGGCUUUGGCGAGCCUGGUGGCUCGGAAUCUGGCCGAAUUUGGGUCUUCGACCCUAUCGAUGGGACCAAGACUUUUGUACGGCGUGAAGCAUAUGCCAUCAACGUCGCGCUUCUUGAGGGUGGCAAGCAAGUUCUCAGCGUUGUCGGCUGCCCAACACUGCCGGCAAACGCCACUGGGUGUAUUGACAACACUACCUUUGACCCAACGGGGUCUAUUGUCUUUGCCGUGAAAGGUCAUGGAACCUACAUUCGUGCCCUUGUUGAGACAGCGGGCGAGGACAUCUUGGUCCGAAGAAUCGAGCCAUUCGCGGCAUCUAUGUCUCUUGCAGACUUGCGCCCUGUCUCAUGCUACCAUAUGUUAGACUCUGGAGUAGACGAAGCACAUGAGGCGAUUUUUACUAGACUUGGCAUCACUACCAGGGGCUGCGACUUCCUUGCCUGGGUCCUACGCUGGGUCACGCUUGGGAUCGGUCUAGCAAACAUCACAGUUUGGGUGUACAGGAAACGUGAACGGACCGGUAAAGUUUGGGAUCACGCUGGGGCCAUGUUACUCUUCGAGGAAAUUGGUGGCAAGAUCACAGAUGUAGAUGGGAAAGACAUUGACUUGACUGCAGGGCGUAAGUUGACUGGAAAUCAUGGUUUCGUCGCUGCGCCAAGGGGCGUGCAUGAUAUAGUUCUGAAGACGGUGCACGACGUGCUCUAUGAACAAGGCAAAGCAAACCUUCUGGCUUAGUUCCUUUGUCCCUGACAUGACAUAGCAUUCGUAAAGUUAUGGCCUCUAGACGAGAGUUGUCUAAAUAUUUAGAAAUGAAGCUACUGCACAACUGACCUAGAGUAACAGCUGAAACUGACGAAAAAGCUUGAUAUGCAGAGGGGCCUAGUGAAACUAGUGGCAGGUGAAGGAU